AUGUCCUCCCUCUGUCGGCAACCCUUCGACAUCCUGGAGCACAUAGUGAACGAGAUAGACUGGCGCGAGGACUUACUUUCCCUGGCGCUGACGUGCACGCGCCUUUCCAGGAUCAUCAUACCCACGCACCUCCAGUAUCGUCGGGUUAUCAUUUCCAUAUUUUUUGGACCAUUCUUCGAGCACAUCGCGACCCGCCCCGACCUCGCGGCAAGAGUGCGCGAGCUAACGCUUGUGAGCACAGACGCGGCCUUCGAGAUCCCUCGAGUCCACGCAUUUCGGAGAGAAUAUCCCGAGUCGCGGUUGCUCUUUGCCUCCCACCACAACGACGAGUACAAGCGCGCUCGACUGGACGAUACCACAGGACCGUGGCGGCCACUAGGGCUCAUCGAAAAGCUUGAUGAUGCGCUAGCUUGCCUACCUCGACUGCGCACACUUAGAUUCCAUCUCGACGACACACAUCCGUAUACUCUCCGCCAAGAUGUGUUUCGCUGCGUGAUCCCCUUUGAGCGCAUCCUGGCCGUUCACCAUCCCUAUCUCGAAGACGUCGCUGUACAGUCAAGAUUGAAACAGCUGAAGAGCUCGGAAGGCGCACCAUGGCCUGCCCCUACCUCAUAUUUCUGGAGCAUGUCGGGUCUGCGCUCUUUGGAUCUGGACGUCGAGCUAGUGGGUGUUUGGCAGUGGGAUGCCUUCUGCACCGCCCUGACUCGUUCUCCACGCAUAGAGGUUCUCGGUGUACCCUCCAUUGACUCCAGAGAUGGAUCUCUCAAGCCUAUGCCUUGGCUGGCCUGUCUCAGACGCGUCAUGCUCUCCAAGAUCGAUACAGCCCUGCUCAAUAUGGACAGACAUCCAUCUGUCGUCGAGUUGUGUUGCAGGGGUCUCUUUACCGCGGAUGUAUCAACUCCCUUACCUCGACUUCCAGCCCUUAAGCGUAUGCUUAACAUCAGAGAAUCCCACAUCCUGGAAGUUUUGCGGCGCUGCCGGAGAGAUGGCGAUACUAUGCCUGUCCUCAGUCACCUCACUUUCGACAAUGUCCUGAUUACCUUACACGAAUGGGACUGGGCUGAUCUUUCGCCCGUGUUGCCCUGUCUUCGCGCUCUGCAUAUCCGAAGCAUGGACAAGGCUCGCCAUGAAGGGCCGCGUCUCAACGAGGUCACUUGGCGAUUCCCCCACAUACAUUCCCUUGCGGGUGUGUACGUCGAUCCCAAGUUGGAGGCAAUCGUCAUGGAGAUGCUGGCGUUCAGCGAAGCAGCGGGGAAUGUCAUGGAUCACACGGUCACCUUCCAAACGUUCAAGGCAGUCUCUCAUCUGCUUCGGGGGCUGAAGCAGAUGCAACCUCGCCUGCGCGAUGUCAAUGGAUGGUCCCUCGAGUCCGACCUAGCACAAGAGGCCGUGUUCUCCUUCCCCACUCCUCACGCUUUGGCCCCCCUCCCCAGCACACGUCUUAUUCUGACACGAGACCGUCUACAUAUUGGAUAUGUGGGUUCAUCAUUGGACACGCAGCCUUUGUCUCUGGUACCGAAGCGGCCGCGACCCAUUGCGCGGACGACGUAUCGGGAUUUCGGAGAUUAA